AUGCAUGAAGAAAUACAAAUUCAACAGCAAAUGACUGAAAACCAUAAUAUACGUGAAUUAAAAUUAGGAUUUUUAACAAAAAAAGGUAUUGAUCGUGGUCGAUACAAUAUACAAAGAGUAAAUGAAGUUGCAGCUGUUUUUUCUACUUCGGCGGAUGGUGAAAUUCCAGAAACUUAUGUGACAAUUUAUAAUAGAAAUACCAAAACAUUACAACAAGUAAAUACAAUGGAUCCAAACGUAGAACCAUGGAUUUAUCCAUUAUAUUAUCCAUAUGGUAAUCAAGGUUGGCAUAGUAAUUUACAACGUAUAAAUAGUAAUAAACGAAUAAGUAGAGCUGCUUACAUUAAAUAUCGAAUAGCUAUACGUGAUGAUAAUUUUAAUAUCUUCAUCAUGGGAAGACGAUUAUUUCAACAAUGGCUUGUAGAUAAUUAUGUUAAAAUUGAAAAAGACCGAAUUAAUUAUUGUAAACAAAAUCAAAAACAAUUGCGAGCUGAGACUUAUCAAGGAUUAAUUGAUUAUUUGUCUAAUUCUGCAAAUAAUAGUAAUGCUCACAUUGGAAAAAUGGUUAUACUUCCAUCAACGUUUGUGGGCUCACCGCGUAAUAUGUUGCAACAUUAUCAAGAUGCAAUGGCUAUUGUUCGUAAAUAUGGAAAACCAGAUAUCUUCAUUACUAUGACUUGUAAUCCAAAUUGGCGAGAAAUUAAAGAAAAUUUACUUCCGAAUCAACAACCUGCAGAUAGACCAGAUAUUUGUGCUCGUGUAUUUAACAUAAAAAAGGAUUAUCUGAUCGAUGUUAUUAUUAGACAAAAACUUUUUGGUGAAAUUCUUGCAUACGUUUACGUAAUAGAAUUUCAAAAACGUGGAUUACCGCACAUACAUUUAUUACUUACAUUAAAACAAAAUUGCAAGAUAUCAAAUCCUGAAAUAGUUGAUAAAAUUAUUUCGGCAGAAAUUCCUGAUCCUAAUGAAAAUGAAAAUUUACAUAAUAUUGUAAUGAAACAUAUGAUUCAUGGGCCUUGCGGAAAUUGGUGUUUAAUAAAUAAUAAAUGUUCGAAACAUUUUCCAAAACCAUUUCAAUCUGAAACGAUUAUGGAUGAAGAUGGUUAUCCACAAUAUUGUCGAAAAAAUAAUGGAUUACUGUAUGAAAGACCUGGACGAUAUGUUGUUGAUAAUCGAUAUGUUGUUCCAUAUAAUCCAAUACUUUUGCAAUUAUUUAAUAGUCAUAUUAAUGUUGAAGUUGUUUCAAGCAUAAAAUCUGUAAAAUAUUUGUACAAAUAUAUUUAUAAAGGUCACGAUGCUGUGUCUGUAAUUAUUGGUGAAAAUAUUGAUAAAAUGAUAAUUCAUGACGAAAUUCAAGAUUUUAUCGAAGCUCGUUAUGUUGGACCUGUAGAAGCAUGUUGGCGUAUUUUAAGUAAACCUUUGCAAGAAAAGAGUCAUGCUAUAUUUCGUUUACCAGUUCAUUUACCAAAUGAACAUAACGUAAUAAUUGAUGAUAAUAUUAAUAAUGAAGCAAUAAGAUUUGCUGUGGAACGAGUAACAAUGUUAUUAGAUUAUUUUGAUUUAAAUACUCGAGAUGAAGAAGCAAAACAAUAUCUAUAUAGAGCUACGAAUUUUCAAGAAUUAAAAAUUGUUAAUAACGAAAUACAUCCAACUUUUACCGCCGCAUGUUUAGCAUUAGGACUCAUAGAAGAUGAUGAAGAAUGGUAUCGUGCAAUGAAUGAAGCAAAAGUUUGGAUGAUGCCAAGGCGACUUCGUAAUUUGUUUGUACGAAUUUUAAUUUAUUGUCAUCCAGUUCAUCCAGAAAAGUUAUGGGAUGAAUUUAAAAGAGAUAUGUCAGAAGAUUAUGUAAAACGAUAUGGACUUACAAUUGGGAUAAAAAAAGUUUAUAAUUAUAUUGUUAAUUUACUUGAAACAGAAGGAUCAAAUAUUGCUAAUUUUCCUGAAAUGGAACAAGUAACGGAGGAACAAGAAACUGAUAACGAAGAACAAAUUCAAGAAGAUACAUCAAUAGGUGUACGACAAUAUGAACAAUUAAACGUAAAACAAAAAGAAAUAGUUGAUACUAUUUUAGCAUCAGUAACAACUAACAAUAAUAGUAAUACUUGUUUUUAUAUUGAUGGCCCAGGUGGUUCUGGUAAAACUUUUAUCUAUACAACUUUAUAUUAUUUACUUAAAAGUAAAGAAAAAAUAGUAAGUACCAUGGCUUUUACUGGUAUUGCUGCGACAUUACUUCCAAAUGGAAGAACUGUACACAAAGUUUUUGGUUUCCGUAGCGAUCUUAGCUAUAUAAAAUACCGUGUCGGUGGCUCUCAAAAGAUUUGUAGGAUAAUCUCGUCUCACCACCACUCCUGCAAGAAGGUUCAAGAAGAAGGACAGGCACCGAGCUGGACGAAAAGUCUCGAGGAGGAAGCCGCUCAGGUCAUUGCGCGGAGAGAACCAGGCGAGACCAAGGAGGAUGGCCACUCUGCGUUCAAGGACGAACGAGAGACCUCAUAUGCGGAGUCGCGACAGGCACCCCGCCGGAGCAGGGCAAUGCCACCAGGGAGAAGACGUCCACACGAAAGAGAGAUUCCCGCAGGAUCGGCCCCCUGGGCGAGCGUCAAGGAAGACCGCUAA